AUGCCUCACAUCUGCAGAUUCUGCGGCAAGGAGUUUCCAUCAAGAGGACACGUCAAUAAACAUAUAGCUGUCCGCCCUGAAUGUAGAAGGCAAUGGGAGAUGCUGGUCAGUGAAGAUACUACAGACAAUGAAGGUGGCCUACCAGAGGGCUCAUUUUUCCUGCUUCGGUGCUCACGAUCCAAUUCCCUCAAUGAGGACAACCCAGCAGCAUCCAAAAAUCGGCGGGUGACGGUUGAGGAUGCUGCCGAUGAAGACAAGGACAAGGCCAAUGAAGACAGGGACAAGGCAGGGCCAAUGAUUCUCAAAAGCGGUGACGCAUUUGAGCGACACCUGAAGUACGCCCCGGUCCUGGUCGGAAACCUGGAGCUCCAGCUCGGUUUGAUAUGGCAUUGA